UCCCUCCUUCUUUGACAACAUAAGCUGAAACUCUAGUCCGUUUGUUUAGUGAGGACAAUGAGAGAGAGACAGAGAGAGAGAGAGAGAGAGAGAGAGAGUAGCUGCUGGGGGUAGUAGAGGUCUGUUCCCUGCAGGGCAGUUGUGUUGGGGGGUUGUGUUGUGUUGUGUUUUCCCACUACUAAAGGAAAUUGCAUCAGUGUGCAUUAUCCAGCUGGGAGAGGCCGACUGGAGGCGGGGUGGAUCCUGUCUCUCUCUCUCAGAGCACACACAGACGCUCAUGGACGCUGUGGGUCUGGACGUGAACGCCUGCGUCAUGUCUGGAAGUACACUGGAUUACUGAACUAAACUUGAUUUAUUUAUUUGUUUAUUUAUGAUUUGUCUGAAUGUUGAGCACUAUGCACUCCAGAGUAAAGUCACGGAGCUGUGAGAAUUACCUGAGCAUUAAGGAUUCAGAGUCGUUGGAUAACUGUAUUCAGAGCAUCUUAUCAGCGCUGUAUCCUCCGUUCAGCUCCACGGCAGCGACCGUCCUCUUUCAGCUCUUCAGUGUGGUGGAGAGACAGUAUCGCAGUGAUGGUCUGCGCUGUUUCAUCGACUUUCUCUUACCUGCCAAGAGAAUCCUGCACAUCAUAAAACACGAGGCCUGUCUUCGGUUCAAAGGCCUGUUGCUGUGUCACGAGGGAUGGCCGCUCUGUUUGCAUGAGAAAGUGGUUCUUCAGCUGGCACCCCUGCACAAAGUUCGCCUGCGACAGGGAGAUUUCUACCUGCAGGUGGUUCCUUUAGGCCGCAAGGCUGCCAAACUGGUGAUAAAAUGCCUGUCUGGCAGCGGGCAAGCAAUCACAGAGAUCCCCGUCGCCGAGAGCAUGUACAGCAGCGUGUUCACGCCUGAAUUCCUGCAGAAUGUAACACGCGAUCGCAACCUGCACCCUCUCCAGAACUGCCUCCUGAAUACCGGCAGCGUGGUCUACCGCACGCCCUGGAAGAACGUGGUCAACCCUUUAUUCGUCACCAGCACGGCUGACGCCAUCAUGCAGGCCCGCGGCACGACCCUGCGGGGUCAGCUGAGCACCUGCAGCACGCACGGCUCCACCGGAACGCUGGACAGUCGCCGCAGCUCGCGUGAUUCCCUGCACUCGCAGGGGGGGGAGUCAACCGCAUCUGCGCCCGUCCUCAGUCGUAGCCUUACUGAUGUGGGCAUCGGCUCGGAGUCGACCUCCAGUCCCUGUUCCCUUCCCCAGACGCCCACCCUGGACGCAACAUGUGUUAGGAGUGCUCACAAAAUGCUGUCGUUCAGCACCGACCUCAGCAACCCCGGCCUCCGGAAACACCACCGCAGAGACUCGGCAGCCUUCGAGUCGCGCCGGCUGUUCCGCAAAUCUUACAUGGAGGCGCUGCAGAACCCCAUGAACAUCGGGUCCAGCUCGGAGUCUAUUCUAGAAGAAGAUGAAUCGAGGACACAGCGAGGCUCCGUUCAGAAGGAGCGGAGGAUCUGCGCUCGGGGAUGGUUGGGAGGUGAGGAAUCUCGCACCGGCCCUCCCGUCCUCCAGACGCACAGCGGAGUCGGGAACACUGAACUCAGUCCAGGAGAGAGACGCUCCAAAUCUCUGGAACGUACUAACAAAACCCCGCAGGUCAAAGGUCACCGAGUGCGCUCCUCCUCCGGCGGCUCCGGUAGUGUCCUGCCCAAAAAACUCAUUAACGGUUACGCCUUCCGUUUCGGCAAACUGGACUUGGAGGCGGCCAUCCCGACCAUCGAGAAGCGGAGCAAAGACAACUCAGGUCUGUCUGAAGAUGGACAUCGGUCGAGUCUCAGAAGAAACACUGCAGAUGAAUGUCAAGUGUCCAGUAAAGUGUGCGUGUCUCCGGUCUCCUCCACAGCGCCCCCUGCUGUCAGCAAUGUGUCUGUGUCCUCUCUCAUGACACCGGUCAAACAGGAGCUCUUGACCUCCGGUGUCAUACAGCUUCCCGGUAAUCAGGACCGCAGCGGGAGAAGCGUCCUGCAGGUGUGGUGUACAUCUGACGUGUGUUUCACAGCAAGAGACAUCAGCCAUCUGUUGUGUUAUUACUACAGCAGACUGAGGCAGGAGAGACGUGAUCUGGGUUUGACAGUUCUCGUGGACUGUCGAAAGCAGCCGGCCCCAUCCGUGCUGUACUCCGGCCUGUCUCAGUUUCAGUCUUCUCUACCAAAUGCACUUUACUCUGUUCUAUUACUGGUGGACAAAGAUGCAGCAGUCAAAGCUGAAAGAGACUUAACAGUUCCAUGUGAAGUCUUGACUUCUCUGAAAGCUCUACAGAAACACAUUGAUUCUCCUCAACUCACAAGAGAUUUCGAUGGCACCUUCUCUUAUGACCACAGCCACUACAUUCAUUUCAGACAGAAAAUCGAUCCGUUUGCUAACAGCUGCAGUGUGGCGAUCGCCUCUCUUCAGAGCUCUAUUGAGACGCUAAACAACAUCAGCGGUCUGGAGUCAUCUGUGGAGGUGUCAGAGGUCAUCAGCCUGCAGAAGAAUCUCAUGAAGAAUAUUCUGGAAGAUGCUAAACUGAACCGUCUGAGAAUGGAGGGUGGGACAUUUCUGGCACGCAUCAGGAAAGACGAUAUGUGUGAAAAUGAGAACUACAGGGAUGCUGUGGAUUUGGUCGGCGCUCUUUAUAAUCAGGUGGAUGAAGAGAUUCAUAAACUGGUGAUUCUGUCUAACAGAACCCUACAGCAGCUGGAGAAACUGCUGGAAGAACACUCCAUCCACGAGCAACAUCAGGAGGUUAAGAAAUGGUUUUGUGUGGAGAGUGAGAAACAUUUGGCUCCUCUGGACUCUUACAAUCUCACUUUGAGCUCCAUUCAGGACAUGAGACAGAAUCUCGCCCAGUUCAUUCAAGACGCCACAGAACAGCAGAAGAAAGCUGCGGCAUUAAUGAAGGAUUCGAAAACGUUCUCAUCUUCUUCAGAUCUGCUUGAGUUCAGAGAACACAUCACCUCCAUCCUGCAGCGCUGCCAAACACGCAAGAACCACCUGGAGCUCCUGCUCAACCUCUACGAGUUCUAUGAAUCGGCAAACCAGUGGCUGGUUCAUUGUCAGGAUUAUUUCUGUCAGCUGAGGUUGGAUGAUGAUGCGCUCAGCUUCAGCUCAACGGUUCUGCAGGUUUUGCAGGACUACCACAGCGAAGCCACUAAAUUCUCUUUAGACAACUUCAGCACGCUCAACCAGAUGGUGUUAAACCUCGACAGCACACGAGAGCUCCGGCAGUGGAACACAGUUUGGCAGAAGUGCCAGCAAACUAAAACGCAACUUGAGGAACUACUGGCCAAGGUUUCUUCUGCCCCCCUGAACCCGAAAGAGUCCAGUUCAUCCGAGACUUUGAGUAAACCCGCCGAGACUCUGAACGGAUGUGAGCUUCCUUCACUGAACUCCUCUUUUGAUUUUGAUGAGGUGAAGCCUCAUUCUGCCGGCCCGUUCUCUAAAAAUCCGAUUCCCUUCCCGUUCCUCUCAGAGAGCGGUAAACUCUCGCCGUCGCCAUUUGACGACACCGACAGCGACUGCACCGUGGACUCUUCAGCCUCCUGCCACUCUGAGCCGCUUCAUUCUCCGGCCACACCUCACCGUAAGCAACCGCUGAAGAAACUCAUGAAGACCGUGAGCUACGAGCUGACGCCCCGGGAUAAAUGUCACACGGAUGCAGGUCAUCACGGAUACACGGGCGUCCUCAUCAAAGGUCUGGAGGUGACCAACAACGUGUGCGUGGAGCAGAAACUCCAGAGUCCAGCGCUGAUCCGCAGUCACAGUCUGUCAUCACCGCCCAGAGUCCACAGCAGACACAGCGAUGGAGACAUCAAGAGACACAGCAGUAAAAUCCAGCACAUCAUGGAUGAGAUGAUUUCUACAGAGAGAGAGUACGUCCGCUCUCUCAGAUACAUCAUUGAACAUUAUUUCCCUGAGAUGGAGCGUUUGGAUCUGCCGCAGGAUCUGCGAGGGAAGCGCGGUAUUGUUUUCGGGAAUCUGGAGAAGUUGUGUGACUUUCACACUCAGUAUUUUCAGAAGGAUCUGGAGAGCUGCACUCACUCGCCGCUGUCUGUCAGCGCAUGCUUUCUGCGACACGAGGAACAGUUUGGCAUGUACUCCCUCUACAGCAAAAACAAACCUCGAUCAGAUGCCCUGCUAACCAGUCACGGCAACAGUUUCUUUAAGAAUAAACAGUUGGAGUUGGGUGAUAAGAUGGAUCUGGCGUCUUACCUGCUGAAGCCCAUUCAGAGGAUGAGUAAAUACGCCCUCCUGCUGAAAGAUCUCAUUAAAGAAUGCGACCAAUCACACGAGCAGGACCUCGCUGACCUCAGAACGGCUGAAGAGAUGGUCAAAUUCCAGCUGCGCCACGGCAACGACCUGCUGGCCAUGGAUGCCAUCCGUGGAUGUGAUGUGAAUCUGAAGGAACAGGGACAGCUCAGAUGUCAAGAUGAGUUCAUCGUCUGGUGCGGACGGAAGAAAAACCUCCGUCACGUAUUCCUGUUCGAGGACCUCAUCCUCUUCAGCAAGACCAAAAAGAUAGAAGGAGGAUAUGACAUCUACAUCUACAAGCAGUCCUUCAAGACGGCUGAGAUUGGAAUGACGGAGAAUGUGGGCAGCAGCGGACUGAGGUUUGAGAUCUGGUUCCGGCGACGGAAGUCUCAGGACACCUUCAUCCUUCAGGCCUGUUCUGGAGACGUGAAGGCUGUGUGGACCGCCGUGAUCGGAAAAAUCCUGUGGAGACAGGCCUUACGCAACCGAGAGUUGAGAAUGCAGGAGAUGGUUUCUAUGGGAAUUGGAAACAAGCCGUUUAUGGACAUUAAACCCAGCGACUCGGCCAUCAGCGAUCGGGCUGUGGACUACAUUACGAAAGAGUCGAGGAUGAGGGCGUCUGUAGCCGUGUCGUCCUUCGAUCACUCCACGCCGUUUAAGAGACCUCACUCCACCAUCUCUAACAGCAGCUCGUCUUCAUCCAGCAGUCAGUCUUCAUCAUCGCUGCUGGGAUCUCUCAAUCUACACCUGUACCCCUCACACCCGUCUCUCUCUCACUGGCCGUACGACUGCAUCGAAGAGGACGAGCUGGAGCACGAUUCCACCGCACACACGUCUAUGAUCUCGGAGAACGCAGACUCUUCCAGCUCGGUCCAGCAUCACCCUUCCGUCGCCAUGGAGACUUGCGGCAGCGAUGCGGGAUCUUACCUCUCCUCUCCGACGCCCUCCCCGUCUCCACCUAAAGUCACCACAUCCAUCCUGUACCACAAAGAGCCGGAGCUCCCGUCUCAAACCAGCAACUUCAUCACAGCUAGCAGGAUGUGUCGCUCAGUGUUCUCCACUCUGGUCUGAAUCAAAGGGUUUAGAUCACUGUGAAUUUGCUGUGGGCUGUUGGACACAGAAGAUCAGAAGUGUACGUGGAUGGGCGGAGCUCUCGAUCACUAUAUGAGUCAUGUGACACACAAGAAAUUCAGCAUUUGCACAUGAAUGUUGAAUAUGAAUCGUGAGCGUCUCAUGGCAGCUGGUGGUCUUGGAUUUAAAUCGUUUUAAAUAGUGUUUGUUUGUAUGUACAUGUACAGAGAUGUUGGUUGUGAGUUUAUUCCUCAUGUUGUUUUUACACAGUAAUGCUGAUUUGUACAAAUAGUUCAAUGAUUUGAGUUCUUGCACUACUAAUAAA